UGUGUCUAAAGGAAAAAGGGGCAGGGGUUUGGGGAUGAGGAUGGUGAGUCCUGAGCAGUUGCUCCUCGAAGCCUUUCAUGGCUGCUAAGCUUCUUCCUUUGGGUUCUACUUGUUAGGCUUCAGCUUCUCAAAUGUUGAACUGAGCCCAAACCAGGAGCUUAUCUGCAUGGCUAGUGUCUUGGGUAGUGCUCAUGGAAUGGGGACAAUGAGGGCAAGAGCCUAGGUUUUGAUUCUCAUAGACGUGUUGGCUCCCUUCACUCUGUGUUGAAGACGUAGACCACUAGUCACAUAGAGGGAGGUUUAGUGAGGGUGCGUGGACCACACAGGUAGCGUCCCUGGUAGUAGUGCCUGUGAAGAAACGAACCUUUAUCUAGUCAGCACAUGGUAGACCCCUGCCGUGGGAAUAUUCUCCAGAGCAUGAUAGAGUCAUCUUAGCGGAUGUGAUAUGAAGGACAUGAAGACCAGAUGACCUGUGAUGGGGUUCGGUGUGUAGGAAGCGCCCAGAACACACGUUAGAGUCAUCUUAGCGGAUGUGAUACGAAGAACAUGAAGACCAGAUGGCCUGUGAUGGGGUUCGGUGCAUAGGAGUGCCCAGAAACCUCUCAUUCGACUAGGAGGCAGUUAAGGGGGCAGAUAAAGAUAGCCAAGAGGCGAGUCGUGAUGGCGUCCCUCUACCUGGGGACAGGUCCUUUGGAACAGGAGCUGGUGGAUUGCCUGGAAAGCACUCUGGAAAAGUCACUCCAAGCAAAGUUCCCUUCAGACCUCAAGGUCUCCAUCCUCUUAGACUUCACACGGGGCUCAAGAGGCAGGAAGAACUCCCGCACCAUGCUGCUCCCACUGCUGCAGAGGUUUCCUGAGCAGGUCCGGGUGUCGCUUUUCCACACUCCCAACCUGCGUGGGCUUCUCCGCCUCCUCAUGCCCGAGCGCUUCAACGAGACCAUCGGCCUCCAGCAUAUCAAAGUGUAUCUCUUUGACAACAGCGUGAUCCUGAGCGGCGCCAACCUGAGUGACUCCUACUUCACCAACCGCCAGGACCGCUACGUAUUCUUGCAGGACUGCCCGGAGGUGGCCGACUUCUUCACGGAACUGGUGGACGCCGUAGGGGACGUGUCCCUGCAGCUACAGGGGGAUGACACGGUGCAGGUGGUGGAGGGCAUGGUGCACCCCUACAAAGGUGACCGGGCAGCCUAUUGCAAGGCUGCCAACAAGAGGGUCAUGGAUGUGAUCAACUCAGCACGGACCCGCCAGCAGCUGCUGCACGCCCAGACCUUCCACAGUGACUCCCUCCUGACACAGGAAGACGCUGCUGCCGCCGGCGACCGGAGGCCAGCCCCUGACACCUGGAUUUACCCGCUGAUCCAGAUGAAGCCCUUUGAGAUCCAGAUUGACGAGAUUAUCACUGAGACUCUGCUGACUGAGGCCGAGCGAGGUGCCAGGAUCUACCUCACCACGGGCUACUUCAACCUGACCCAGGCCUACAUGGACCUGGUCCUGGGCACACGGGCCGACUACCGGAUCCUGCUGGCCUCACCGGAGGUGAACGGCUUUUUUGGGGCCAAGGGCGUGGCCGGUGCCAUUCCGGCAGCCUACGUCCACAUCGAGCGGCAGUUCUACAGAGAGGUGUGCAGCCUGGGCCAACAGGAGCGCGUCCAGCUGCAGGAGUACUGGCGGAGGGGCUGGACCUUUCACGCCAAAGGCCUCUGGCUGUACCUGGCGGGGAGCAGCCUGCCCUGCCUCACGCUGAUUGGCUCUCCUAAUUUUGGGUACAGGUCAGUUCACCGGGACCUGGAGGCUCAGAUCGCCAUCGUGACGGAAAACCGAGCCCUGCAGCAACAGCUCCACCAGCUGCAUUUCUCAACUCCUCCAUAUCUGGUCUUGGAGGUCUUCCGGAAACCCAGGCUUCCCAGCUCCUCUAAGGGAUGUUUUGCAGAGGCAACUUGUACAGACUGGCCUGUCCCUUGCCCCGAGCAUGCCCGCUGGUCUCUGGGCCGCGGCUGACACGUGAGGAGCAAGAGCAGCUCUACCUGAGGUCAGGUGUGGUGUCCUCAGCCACCUUUGAGCAGCCAAGCCGGAAGGUGAAGCUCUGGGUGAAGAUGGUGACCCCACUAAUUAAGAACUU